AAAUGGCAUCAAAUCUAGAAGAAUCCAUACAGACCAUUGAAGACUUUCUGAAUUCUUUGGGAUUGCAAGAAUACACUUCUAUUAUGGAAAAGGAGGGGGUUGAUCUUGAUUCUCUGACAGAAUUUUCUGAGGAAGAUCUGAAAGAGAUUGGUAUAGUAAAGAUAGGCCAUAGGAAGAAAAUCUUAAAAAACAUUAAAAGGAUACCGGGGACAGAGUUUAAUGUUAAUGUCAUCGAAAACAUUCAACCAAAAUCUGAGAAAAGAACACCUGUGUCAUCAGCUAAGGCAUCAAAAAAAAAUGAUACUGCAAUACCAGUGAUACAUGGAGAAGAGCAGGAAAUAAGGAUAGCAAUGGUGGGUAAAAGUGGAUGUGGAAUGAGCGCCACGGCCAAUUCUAUUUUAGGAGAAAAAAUAUUCUUAACAAAGCCAUUGUCUAGUUCUGUUACAUACAGCUGUGCACAGGCAAGUCGAGUUCGGCUUAACAAAAAAAUUUUAAUCGUUGAUACCCCUGGCGUCUGGCAUACAGGCAGAGAGGAUAGAGAUAUUCAAAAUGAAUUACAGAAGUGUAUAACAAUCACAUCUCCUGGACCUCACGCAUUUAUUUUGGUACUUGGACUCGAUAGAUACACAGAGGAGGAACACAAAGCGGUAAAACACUUCAUUGAACAUUUUGGGGAAAGCAUUUAUGAGUAUUUCAUAGUUAUUUUUACUCAAAAAGAUGUCCUUGACCGUGAAGGAAGAACCCUUCAAGAUGUUAUUGAAAAUGCACCCGAGAACCUGAAAACAUUUAUUAACAGAUGUCAAAACAGAGUUCUUGCAUUCAAUAAUACUUUGGAAGGAGCUGCACAAGAAAUUCAGGUAAAAGAGUUGUUAAAGAUUAUUAACGAAAAUAUAGCAAGAAACGGUGGAAAAUUCUAUACAAAUAAAAUGUAUGAGGAGGCAGAAAAGCUUAUAAAAAAACGUCAAAAAGAAAUUGAAGAGAAUGAAAGAAAAAAAUGGGAGGCAGAAAGAGGAAAGAUAAAGAAGCACUGCUAUCGAAACUGUAUUGAAAGCAAAGAGAAAGACAUUCAGCGUGUUCAGAAAAAAAUAAAAGAACUUGUAUGA